UCUGAAAACACUAUCAAGAUCAUAGAACCGAACCAAAAUGAAAGGCUGAAAUAUGCAGCACUGAGCUAUUGUUGGGGUCACCCAGAUGUGUGCAAACCCAACAAAACAACGAAGACCAACAAGACAUCGAGAGAGGAGAAGAUUUGUCUGAGUGAAUUAACGCGGACACUCCGAGACGCUAUAGAAUUAGUUCGGAAGCUUGAGAUUAACUACAUCUGGAUCGAUGCACUCUGUAUCAUUCAAGAUUGCAAUGAAGAUUGGGUCAAGGAGUCAAAACGAAUGCUCCUAUAUUAUGGAAACGCUUAUGUGACCAUC